AUGCAGGACGGUGACUCGGUGGCUGAGGGUGACCCGAGCCCCCACCGCACCCCGCCCCCCGCCACUGCAUCUCGACCCUGCCCCCACUCCAUUCUCAGAGUGGACACGUGCAAGUUCCAGUUUCUGCCUGAAACACGGGGGAGAGCUCACUACGCACCGCCAGCGCUAAAUGUCACCGUGAUUUCCUACGGCGCCACCUCCUCCCCCCGCCAGCCCCGCGCUCCUCGCAGCCCCGGGAGAGUCAGCAAGGCCGGGUGGGCGGCUGCGGGCGCGGGCCGAGGGCUGGGGGGACCCGGCGGCGCAGGUGGCAUUGUGAAGUGGCGGGAGCGUCACAGGCGACCAGGACCGGGAUCCGAGGGAGGGGAUGGGCGGGGCGGCUGUCGGUCCGCAGCGCGCCUGGAGGCCCGGGAACCCUGGCGCAGAGGCUGCGCGUCCGCAAGGAGCAUGGGGGGCUGUGGCCACUGCCACGCGAUGCCCCGCCGGGACCUCUGGGGGUCCCCGGCGCCCGGCGCAGAGGGCGCGUCCCCGCCGCGGCUGGGCGGGCCGGGGCCCGGGGCCGAGCCCACCCUGUGCUGCUGGUCAGGGACCCCCGGCGCCGGGAGCGAGGAUGGGGCUCCCUGGCUGCGCCCGCGCUGUGCGCCCCCGUCGCGGCCCCGCGGGUGCGGGCACCCGGCCUCGCCGCGGGGAAGCUGCAGCCUGAGCGACGUGGCCGGGAGGGCCCCGCCGCGCCUGGAGGACGCCUGGGGGGAGGCCGGGACCGAGCCCAGCAGGGGCUGGCAGCGGCGGUGCCCGCCGGCCCGGGGAGACUCGCCCCCGCCGUGUCACCGAGGAGCCUGCGCCGCCUGGAGCGCAGCCGGCCGGGCAGCGAACGCGCAGAGCGCGGGCCGGCGGGCGGCGCCGGUCUGCAGACACCUGGGCCGCUGCUCCUCUUCCUCGCUUCCCACGGAGAAGCCUUCCGCGCUCUCUCCGACGGUCAGGACGCGGUCCGCCUGCGCGUGCGCCUGGCGGAGAGGCAGCAGCUACCUGGCCGAGCGGGUCGCCAGUCCCCACUCCCAGCCCUCGGCCUCCAGCAAAGAGACGCACGGCCAGCACGCCCAGGUCCUCAAGAGCAGGCUGGAAGAGGCGGUGACGUCCUCCAGGGACGAGAAGAUCGUGGCGCUGGUGCUGGCCCGCCUGGAAAAGGCCCAGCGGAUGCGCGAGCUGCAGCAACAGGCGGCCGACGCCUGGGAGGACCUGAAGCGCUCGGACCGCCGGGUCCAGGUGACCCUGGAGCGGGAGCGCAGGCGGCUGCUGCUGCGGAGCCAGGAACAGUGGCUGCGGGAGAAGGACCAGCGCGAGGCCCGGCCGGGCCGCGAGCGGGACAGCCAGGCGAACGACACGGUCCGGCGCCAGGCGAACGACACGGUCCGGGAGGAGAGCUGGCGGAGGGCGCAGCGGGAGGACCGGGAGAAUCGGUGCCAGGAGGGGCUGGAGAGCGCGCGCGCCCAGGCCGAGCACCGCAAGCAGAGCCAGAGCAGGCGGCUGCGGGAGCAGGAGAGGCCGCUGCAGAGGAAGCUGGAGGAGACCUGUCACAAGAGGCGCCUGCACGCCCUGCAGUGCCAGAAGAAGGUCCGGGAGACCAACCUGAGCUCAGUCAUCAACUACCAGGCGCGCAAGGUCCUCAUGGACUGCCAGGCCAAGGCCGAGGAGCUCCUCAGGAAGCUGUCGCUGGAGCAGAGGUACCAGCAGUUCCACGAGAUCCCCCAGGGCCUGAUCGAGGAGCGGCACCGGGAGCUAGGGGACGAGGCCCAGGAGGAGGAAGGACAGCCUCAGCAGGUCGAGCGGCGCGCGGGAGGGUCCGAGGAGCAGAGCCAGGCGCACGAGAGGAUUCUGCUGGAGGUGGAGGAUCAGAAGAUCCGGCAGGCCAGGAGUCGCGUGCACAAGGCCGCCAGGGACGGGGCGCAGCACCUGCGGGAGCUCCACGUCCUGCGGGACAAGAACCAUCAUGUCCUGAAGCUGAAAGCCGAGAAGGAGGAAAAGUGCCACAUCGAGGGCAUCAAGGAAGCCGUUAAGAAGGAGCAGAGGCUGCAGCAGCUCUCCCAAGGGAAAGACCCAGCCUUGGAGGAGUUCCAGAAGAUUCCCCGGGCCCCCAGGAGGGACACCAGAGCGCUUCCCAACAGCUGCUUUGAUCCGGUGGCGCUGGAGGCCCGGCAGCUGCAAGGGAGCUACUGA